AAUUUGCAUAACGGCCCCGGCGCGUGCAAGAGAGAAGCGGGUUUGUUUUUGAAUCUGCGGAGGCGGCGGCGGUGGCAGCGGCGGCGCGGCGACAGAAGCGCGCGAAAAGCUGAGGCGGCAACGUCGGGGACGGCUACGCCGGACGGCUCAGUAGGAAGGAACUUGGUUCCCCCUCCCUCAGCUUCCGCCCCAAAAGAUUCAAAAUGGAAAGUUUAGAAGAACCUCAGAAAAAAGUCUUUAAGGCUCGAAAAACGAUGCGAGUGAGUGAUCGUCAGCAACUUGAAGCGGUAUACAAGGUUAAAGAAGAACUGUUGAAAACUGAUGUCAAGCUGUUAAAUGGCAACCAUGAAAAUGGAGAUUUGGACCCAACCUCACCUUUGGAAAAUGUGGAUUACAUUAAAGACAAGGAAGAGGUGAAUGGCAUUGAAGAGAUUUGUUUUGAUCCUGAAGAAAGUAAAACAGAAUGGAAAGAAACACCCUGUAUCCUAAGUGUUAAUGUAAAAAACAAGCAGGAUGAUGAUUUAAAUUCUGAACCUUUGUCUCCCAAUAAUGUAACUCUAGAACCAGAGUCUAAACUGACUGCUGAACCAGUUUCUGGUGAUCCAGCCCCUGGUGAUCUGGAUGCUGGAGAUCCAGCCUCUGGAGUACUGGCCUCUGGUGAUUCCACCUCUGAUGAUCCCGCCUCUGGUGAUCCCACCUCUAGCGAUCCUUCCUCUAGUGAUGCUGCCUCUGGUGAUGCCCCUUCUGAUGAUGUCCCUUCUGGUGACGCCACCUCUGCUGAUGCCACCUCUGAUCUCUCCUCUGGUGCUCCCACCUCUAGUGAUCCCCUCCCAGGUGAACCAGUCUCUGUUGCACCCAUUUCUGGUGAUUGUGCCUCUGAUGAUAUAGCUUCUAGUGAAAUAACUUCUGUUGAUUUGGCUUCCGGAGCACAAGCUUCCAUUGAUCCAGCCUCUGAUGAUCUGGCUUCUGGUGAACUAUCCUCUAGUGAACUGGCCUCUGAUGAUUUGGCCACUGGUGAAUUGGCCUCUGAUGAGCUGACUUCUGAAUCAGCCUUUGAUCGUACCUUUGAACCAAGUUCUGUACCAGUUUGUGAACCAGUUCCUGAAAUUGACAAUAUAGAACCAAGUAGCAAUAAAGAUGGUGAUUUUCUUGAAAAAAAUGGGGAUGAUGAAAAGUUAGAGCAAAUUCAGAGUAAAGACUCAUUGGAUGAGAAAAAUAAAGCUGAUAGUAAUAUUGACACUAAUGAAGAAACUCUAGAAACAGAUGAUACAACUAUUUGUUCAGAUCGACCUCCUGAAAAUGAAAAGAAGGUAGAGGAAGAUACUAUCACAGAGCUUGCUCUUGGAGAAGAUGCUAUAUCUAGCAGUAUGGAAAUUGACCAAGUUGAAAAGAACGAAGAUGAAAAUUCUGCAGAUCUUGUAGGAAGCAUUAGUGAAAAUGUUACAGAAGAUGACAAAAGUGAGAAUAUCUUAGAAAAUACAGACUCUAUGGAGACAGAUGAAAUCAUUCCUAUUUUGGAAAAGCUUGCACCUUCUGAGGAUGAACUUACUUGCUUUUCUAAAGCAUCUCUCCUUCCAAUUGAUGAGACAAAUCCAGAUUUGGAAGAGAAGAUGGAAAGUUCUUUUGGUUCACCAUCUAAACAAGAAAGUAGUGAGAGUUUGCCAAAAGAAGCCUUUUUGGUCCUCUCUGAUGAAGAGGACAUUUCAGGUGAAAAAGAUGAGUCUGAAGUUAUAUCACAAAAUGAAACGUGCUCUCCAGCAGAAGUAGAAAGUAAUGAAAAGGACAACAAACCUGAGGAAGAAGAGCAAGUAACACAUGAAGAUGAUGAAAGACCUUCUGAGAAAAAUGAAUUUUCCAGACGAAAACGUUCUAAAUCAGAAGACAUGGACAAUAUACAGUCUAAACGUCGUCGAUAUAUGGAAGAAGAAUAUGAGGCAGAAUUUCAAGUAAAGAUUACAGCCAAAGGAGAUAUUAACCAGAAACUUCAAAAGGUUAUACAGUGGUUGCUGGAAGAAAAAUUGUGUGCGCUGCAGUGUGCUGUAUUUGAUAAGACUUUGGCAGAAUUGAAAACACGAGUGGAAAAGAUUGAAUGUAAUAAGAGGCAUAAAACAGUUCUUACGGAACUACAGGCCAAGAUAGCCAGGUUAACCAAACGAUUUGAAGCAGCCAAAGAAGAUCUUAAGAAAAGACAAGAACAUCCACCAAACCCACCAGUAUCACCAGGAAAAACUGUAAAUGAUGUCAACAGCAAUAAUAACAUGCCUUACAGAAAUGCAGGCACAGUGAGACAGAUGCUGGAGUCCAAAAGAAAUGUAAGCGAGAGUGCACCACCAUCCUUUCAAACUCCUGUGAAUACAGUAUCUUCAACCAAUCUUGUCACUCCUCCAACAGUUGUCAGUAGUCAACCUAAGUUGCAGACUCCGGUAACUUCGGGUUCCCUGACAGCAACAUCAGUUCUUCCUGCACCCAAUACAGCUGCUGUAGUUGCUACUACUCAGGUGCCUAGUGGAAAUCCCCAACCUACAAUCUCUUUACAAUCGUUGCCAGUGAUUUUGCAUGUACCUGUUGCAGUAUCCUCCCAGCCUCAGCUUCUACAGAGCCAUCCAGGGACUUUGGUGACUAAUCAACCAUCUGGCAACGUAGAAUUCAUUUCUGUGCAAAGCCCACCUACAGUGAGUGGUCUUACCAAAAAUCCAGUAUCCUUGCCAUCCUUGCCAAAUCCCACUAAACCAAACAACGUUCCUUCUGUGCCCAGUCCUAGUAUUCAAAGGAACCCUACUGCCAGUGCUGCACCAUUGGGAACAACACUUGCUGUGCAGGCUGUUCCAACAGCGCACUCUAUUGUACAAGCCACAAGGACUUCUUUACCCACAGUGGGCCCGUCAGGACUCUAUAGUCCAUCAAAUAAUCGAGGUCCUAUACAGAUGAAAAUUCCAAUUUCUGCUUUUAGUACUUCAUCUCCUGCAGAACAGAACAGCACUACUACCGCAAGAAUUGAAAACCAGACAAACAAAACAAUAGAUGUUUCUGUUAAUAAGAAAGCAGCUGAUAGCACAUCACAGAGCGGAAAAGCCACUGGCAGUGAUUCAAGUGGUGUCAUUGAUCUCACAAUGGAUGAUGAAGAGAGUGGAGCUUCACAAGACUCCAAAAAGCUAAAUCACACUCCUGUAUCAACCAUGAGUUCUUCUCAGCCUGUGUCACGACCACUGCAACCCAUACAACCAGCACCGCCUCUUCAACCAUCUGGGGUGCCAACAAGUGGACCAUCUCAGACCACCAUACACUUACUACCUACAGCUCCAACUACCGUGAAUGUAACACACCGUCCAGUAACUCAGGUGACCACAAGACUCCCUGUACCAAGAGCUCCUGCAAACCACCAGGUGGUUUAUACAACUCUUCCUGCACCACCAGCUCAGGCUCCCUUGCGAGGAACUGUUAUGCAGGCUCCUGCUGUUCGGCAGGUCAAUCCCCAAAAUAGUGUUACAGUUCGAGUGCCUCAAACAACCACAUAUGUUGUAAACAAUGGACUAACCCUGGGAUCAACAGGACCUCAGCUCACAGUGCAUCAUCGACCACCACAAGUGCAUACUGAGCCCCCACGCCCUGUGCACCCAGCACCCUUACCAGAAGCUCCACAACCACAGCGUCUGCCCCCAGAAGCUGCCAGCACAUCUCUGCCUCAGAAGCCACACUUGAAGUUAGCACGAGUUCAGAGUCAAAAUGGCAUAGUACUGUCAUGGAGUGUCCUGGAGGUGGAUCGAAGCUGUGCCACUGUUGAUAGCUACCAUCUCUAUGCUUACCAUGAGGAACCCAGUGCCACUGUGCCCUCACAAUGGAAAAAGAUUGGAGAAGUAAAGGCACUUCCCUUGCCCAUGGCAUGUACUCUCACCCAGUUUGUAUCUGGUAGCAAAUACUACUUUGCAGUACGAGCCAAGGAUAUUUAUGGACGUUUUGGGCCUUUCUGUGAUCCUCAGUCAACAGAUGUGAUCUCUUCUACCCAGAGCAGUUAAACCUUGGAGCCUUUAUAUUUUCCUCUUUUAAAUUUUCCACCUUUUGGUCUUGUUUUUAAUCUUGUGCAUGAUACCCCACGUAAAAUCCACCUUGUGGAUUUCUUGGACAGAUUUGUGUAUACACUACAUUUGUUUAUAACAGAAGCAAAAUAAACCCAGCCCACAAAGCAAGAAUCUUUUCCUGGACAAUUUAGGCUUUGGGGUUUCAAAAUGUAAA